GUCCACGUCCAUCAAAGCCCUCUGCCUCCGGACCGAUUACAACGAUGUCUGCAUGCGCACCGUCGGAACUGCCGUCAACUCCUCUGCCUCCGACCCCAAGGAGUUCGUCCAGGCCGCGCUCCAGGCCGCCGUGGAUGAGAUCAACGGGGCCUUCAACCUCACCGAGAAAGUCGGCGCCGGCGCCAAGGACGAGUUCAACAAGAACGCCUUCGCCGACUGCAAGUCGCUGCUGGAGUACGCCACCGAGGAGCUGCAGGCCGCCAUGACGGAGUCGCACGACGUCGGCAACCUGGCGAGCCGCGCCGACGACAUCAAGAGCUGGCUGUCCGCCGUCAUCACCUACCAGGAGACCUGCAUCGACGGCAUCACGCAGCCGGAGCUGCAGGAACCGAUGAGGAACGGCAUGCAGACGGCGGCGCAGGUCACCAGCAACGCCAUCGCAUUCGUCGACGCCCUCAGCUCCCUGCUCCAGAGCUUCAACAUCGACAUCAACAUGACGAGCCCGGGGCGGCGGCUUCUGGAGGAAGACGGCAAGUACCCAUCAUGGCUCUCGCCGCACGACAGGAAGUUGAUGGCCGUACAGUCGAGAGGGCAACUGACGCCCAACGCGGUGGUGGCGAAGGACGGCAGCGGAAACUUCAAGACCAUAACCGAUGCGCUCAACGCCAUGCCGAAGAAGAACUCCGCCAGGUACGUGAUCUACGUGAAGGCAGGCAUCUACAAGGAGUACGUCAUGGUCACCAAGGACAUGAACCAAAUCUUCAUGUACGGAGAUGGCCCUAGAAAGACCGUUGUCACCGGGAGCAAGAACUUCGUCGACGGCGUCGGCACUAUGAACACGGCCACAUUCGCUGUCGUGGGACAGGGCUUCAUCGCCAAGUCCAUGGGAUUCAGCAACACAGCCGGAGCCAUCAAGCACCAAGCGGUGGCGCUCCGCGUGCAGGCCGACAUGGCCGCCUUCUUCAACUGCCGGAUGGACGGCUUCCAGGACACGCUGUACGUGCACGCCCACCGUCAAUUCUACCGCAACUGCGUCAUCUCCGGCACCAUCGACUUCAUCUUCGGCGACUCCGCCGCCGUCUUCCAGAACUGCCUCAUCGUCGUGCGCCGCUGUAUGGACAACCAGCAGAACACCGUCACGGCUCACGGCCGCACCGAGGCCAAGGAAGCCACCGGCCUCGUCAUCCAGAACUGCCGCAUCGUCCCCGACCAGCAGCUCUUCCCAGACCGCCUCAAGAUCCCCAGCUACCUCGGUCGCCCAUGGAAGGCCUACUCCUUCACCCUCGUCAUGGAGUCCACCAUCGGCGACCUUAUCCGCCCUGAAGGCUGGAUGCCGUGGGACGGCAACCUGUACCUUAACACUCUGUACUACGCCGAGUAUGGCAACCGCGGCCCCGGCGCCGGCACCAGCGGCCGCGUCAAAUGGAAAGGAUUCCAUGUCAUUGACAAGAAAACCGCACAACAGUUCACCGUCGAACCCUUCAUCCAAGGCAGCCAAUGGAUCAAGUACACAGGCAUUACUUACUUGCCCGGCCUCAAAUACUGAGCUCAAAUUACUACACUAAUGGAAAGCCAGAAGAGAGAAGAGGAAGCUAGUUACUUUCUAUUGAUCUGAAG